UUUCUCAUGAUUUUCGAAAUUCCAAAUUCAACAUUACCCAGAUUUUCUUCAAUUUCAUCUCCUUCACGCACACUCACUUCACUUGUUUCACCCACUGUAUCAGAGAAGCGAAUCGUAGCUUCCGAGAAACCUUUUAGUUUAUAAUUUGGGUUAGAUGGAGAAAUCGGGUCAUGAUACAAGUAUUCCGGGUUCUAGGCAAUCGGAUCUGAAAAAAUCAUUCAAAUCCGCUGUCAGUUCUCUUCUCAAUGCUUGCUCCAGACAGGAUUUUCUUGACAUUUUCUCGAAAUUCAGUGGGGCUGAGCAGAAGCUGCUUUAUCAGUUAUAUACUCAGGUUAUUGUGGAUAUGCAUCAGACAUUAGAGAAUGAGUUUGAUGCACAAUGUCACGAACAUCAGGUUGGACCAAUUCUUGAUAAAGUCGAGCAGCUGGUCGAAGAACAGAGUUUGGAUCCCUUAUUCACAGAUAAGACGAACGUAAUGGACAUUGCAAAUGAACUAACAACAGCUAAGAAGAGCGAGAUACAAAAAUUAACAGCUUUGCUGCAAAUGGCCGAAGAACAGAAUCGUCAAAUGGAAGCUCGAAUAAGUCUGCUCAGAAAACAACCACAAGAGGUCUCAGGCACAACUAAUGCAAUCGAAAAGCUGAAAACCGGUAUCAUGGGCUACUUUGAAGGAAAUGACAAGCUACCUCCAAUAUAGUUUCAAGACAAUUGCAAUGAUAAAGUGUGUUACUUUACAUUCCUUGCAUUUGUAUAUAGUCGUGCCGAUCUAUUUGCUUCAUGUGUAAACGGUAAACCACUGAGAAGCUGGAUUAAACCGUGUAAUUGGUUAAGUUAUGAUGUGUGGUAAUUUUUUUUUUUUUUUG